AUGGAUUCACGGUGUGAACUGCAUUGCCAGAUUAAUUGGGCUUCUUUUCCCAAUGAAGAGAGAGCUAUUUUUAACCUUCUCUCUCUAUCUUUCAAAUCACAGGUAGUGAUUAAUUAUUCAAUUGUGAAAGGACUGAAAUACAAUCAAGCAACACCUACCUUUCAUCAAUGGCGCGAUGCACGGCAGGUCUACGGCUUGAAUUUUGCAAGCAAAGAAGAGGCUACCACAUUCUCCAAUGCAAUGCUGUUUGCACUGAAUAUCAUGAAUUCCCAGGAUGGAGGUCCAGCUGCCCAGCGCCAGGUUCAGAAUGGUCCCUCCCCAGAUGAGAUGGAAGCACAGAGAAGACAAGUGAUGGAACAGCAGCAACAGCGCCAAGAAUCUCUGGAAAGAAGAACCUCUACCACAGUUUCCACCCUUCAGCUAAGCGAGUGCUCUCCCCCCUCUCACCACCAGUCUCCUCCUCCUGGCUACAGUAACUGCAGUGCUCCUGCCUCGGCCAGUGCUGCCCCUUCUCCACCACCCUAUGCCAAAGUUGUCUCUUCAGCAUCUGCUGCCCCCACUAGUAAAACCUCUUUCAGAUGCCCCAGGGUAGCCAAAGAGCCCCCACAGCUUCUGCACAGACAUUCAGCCUCUGAGCUGACUCCAUCCCCAAGUUCCUCCUCUCCAGCCUGGCCGAACCAUAGGACUGUAACGCAAAACAUCAAGCAAAUCUCGCUGUCUCCACCACCACCCCCUCCUUCCCACUUUCCCUUCAUCUCUCGCCAGCCUCUCAGGCGCUCUUCUCUUCCAUACCCUCCUCAGUCUUCUGCUUCUCCCAUCCCAAAUGCACCUUCUGCCCAGAAGGGCUUUGUCCUGCAGCCACAUAUUCCUGUCAUCCUGCCUGUGAUACCUGUCCUGAGUGACAGGCUCAGAGGAUCCACAGGUAAAACCAGUCAGGAAGCCUCAGCAAACCUUCCUGUAAAUGGCUAUCCUGAAGCAGCACUUCCAGGACAAAUUCCUUUAGGCUCCUCUAGGACCCAGGUACAAAGUGUGGAUGGAUCCUUCUUGUGGCACCCAGAAGCCCUGCCCAGAUCCCUGGUAGCCAGCCCUCCUGGGUGCUUUAGCCAGGCUUCCUCGCAGCCCUCGCACCCACCCUGUCAUUCCCCGCAGCCCGUGAGCCAGCCCAUGUCACACUCUCUUCCAUUACCUCCCCCGUACGCUGCUGUAUCGGAGGUGACCAUGUCCAAGAGGACCCCUCCUUACAUGACUUCAUCAGCCAUUUCCCACUUGAGUAAGUACUUUCUCUUUAUGACCCGCAAUGUUGGUUUCUGUCUUAAGCCAGAAGAUGGUUCAGGAGGGUCCAGUCCCAGUGGGGUUUCCAAGAGCGAUGCCAAUCGAACAAGUAGCGGAGGAGGCGGAGGAGGACUCAUGGAAGAAAUGAAUAAAUUACUGGCAAAAAGGAGGAAAGCAGCAUCGCAGUCAGACAAGCCAGCUGACAAAAAGGAAGAGGAAAGCCAAAAUGACGAUGCUAGCACCUCUCCUUCCCCCGUUACACGAGGUCCCACCCAGCAACAGCAGAAUUCUUCAGACUCUGGAAAGAAGCCAUGGGAAAGGAGCAAUUCUGUUGAAAAGCCUGUGUCCUCGCUGCUCUCGAGGAUGAAGCCAGUGAGCAGCAGCAAUGAUGUGGCUAUGGAUGCCUUAGAUUUCGAUCGCAUGAAACAGGAAAUAUUGGAGGAAGUUGUAAGAGAGUUACACAAAGUGAAAGAGGAGAUAAUUGAUGCCAUACGGCAGGAGUUGAGUAGAAUCAGUACAACAUAAUGAUUGCAAAGCAUUUGGACGGUACUAAGAAUGCUAGGAAGAUCGGAUCAUUUCUAAGUGUACCAAGGUCAUGCAAGAUGGUGAGAGAGGACACCGGCACUGUCUUUGUUCUUAUACCCUUUUUAUUAGCAGACUCAGCACACUUUGAAGCUUGCUGCUGCCUUGGAUUCGCUUCAUUUUAAAAGUCUUAAUCUAAAGAAUAUUAAAUUUUAAAUUUCUGGAUUUUUUAGAUUUCAUCUGACACUGCACAUUGGAUUUGUCAGCCUUUUUUGUAUUUUGUAUUUGCUUAUUUAAAUGUAUUACCUUUCUUUUUAGUAGUAGAUAAGAACACACGUGAACCAUUUGCUUUUAAUAGAUUACUUCAAAGUAAUUUUAUUAGUAGUCUGCAAUGUAAAUGAAGAUCCUUUGCCAAUGGAAAUGUAUUGUGGCAUCACCAGAAGAAACAGAGACAUGUUAGUUGUCGGCCAACAAGUUCUUUGUCUCAGAGUUAUCACAAUAUAAAAAAAAAUGGUACGUCGGUGCAUCACAGUAUCUGUGUUCAUAUUGCUAAUAAACUGUUUAUUGUCCACAUGG